GUGAGACAGCCACACACAUGCAGCACAGACAUAUAGUUAUUAACCACAGAUUUCCAUAGAAAUAGGUGGCCAUUUGAUUGACACAUGGAGCUAAUUGGAUCCACCCAAAUGGCUACUUACACUCGGCCUAAAACUAGCCACUUCCUACCAGCCAUUUCCACCAUGGCAUCUAGCUACAGGAGCCACCAGCCUGCCUUGACCUACAACCAGAAUUCAAACAUGCCCUGGAGGACUAAUUCUUACUUCAGGAGUGGCAGUGCUAUCCCGACUGCAGCAGGCCUUCAAAGAGACAACCUGGAAUUGGUCCGGGCCAAGACCAUGUUCUACCCCUCAAAUAGGACUGCUCUUAGUACAUGGUACAUGCCAAAUGACUGGUACAAGUCCAACCAGAGUAACUACAGGGAGUCGGAGUCGUCCCGGAACAGUGCGGAAAGGCUUCGGAGGGACACUAUCCGGCUGAUCCAGGAUAAGGACCAGCUGACCCGCAAAACUCAGGAGACCACCAGCAAGAAUAUUGGAGAGAGGCUAAAUGACAUCAGCUUCUGGAGAUCUGAGCUCAAUCAUGAGAUAGACAACAUGGUGACAGAGAUAGCGGCACUGACCGAGGUAAAAAGGAGGCUUGAAAGAGCAAUCGCUGAGACUGAGGGACCACUUCAGGUGUCUCAGGAAUGUUUGUUCAACCGAGAGAAACGGAUGUCUAUUGACCUGGUUCAUGAUGAUGUAGAGAAAGAUCUAAUUAAGGAGGUAGAGGUGAUUAGGUCAUGUCAAGAGAGAAUGAGACGACAUUUAGACCGAGCCAUUGCUCAACUAGCGUUGAAUCGAGCAGCACAGCAUGAGCUAGAGAGAGACUUGAGUGAUAAAGUCACGGCACAGAGAAUUGACGACAGGUGUCACCAUCUCAGAAACACGUCUGAUGGUAUAAGCUAUUACAGAGGAAUCGAUCGCCUGGACCCCUCAGUCAGUCUACCAGACUCCUGGUCCAAGUUUACUGAUGACAACAUCCUUCAUUCUCAGAGUGAACGUGCAAACUCUCACAAACUCCGUGACGAGAUUGAGAUUAUGCUCAAUGCCACAUCAAACGAGAUGUGGAACCAGUUUAACACAGUAAAUGUGUCCUUCACCAACCGUAUCUCUGAGACAGCAGAUGCCAAGAGCAAUCUACAGACUCAUCUGGCUAAGACACUUCAAGAAAUGUUCCAGACUGAAAUGCUGAUUGAAGCUCUGAAAAAGACAAUUAGAGACAAAGAGAACCCGCUUAAAGUGGCCCAAACUCGCCUGGAAGAAAGAACUCGCAGACCCAAAAUUGAGCUCUGCAGGGAUAACCCUCACCACAGGUUGAUUAAUGAGGUAAGGGAGAUUGAAGACACCAUUCAUAAGUUGAGAGAGAGGUUGAUAGAGGCUGAGAACACUCUCCAGAACCUAGUCAAGACAAAAGUGACUCUGGAGCAUGACCUGUCAAUCAAGGCCAACUCUCUGUUCCUGGAUCAGGAGAAAUGCAUGAGCAUGAGAAAAAGCUUUCCUAGCACACCUCGUCUAGUCGGUUACACUUAGGUCUCCUAUAACCCCAUCUAGCAGCUGCUUAGCCAUGGCCUGUUUGACCGACCUGUUUAACAUUUAAAAGAUAAACUACAAGAAUGAUGUCAGAACUGCUGAACAAAUUGUUCUUCUCUUUAUCUAAGUGGAACAGCACCACUCAACUCCCCAUUAUUUUCUUACUCACCUCUGUCUGUUAGGUUAAGCACACAAUAAUGAUAGUAAUGAAUAGAAUCGAUUGUCUCUUGUCCUUUGACUGUCUGGAUUCAAAAAAUCAAUAAUCCCCGAACAGUUGGUGAAGUGGUUGUGAUUUUUUAAUGAAUUAUACCCCAAAAUAAGCUUUGUUUUUAAUGCAUUUCAUCAAGUGCACUUCGAGUUUAAUCCAGCUUUGUGUGAGAAUGGCCCUUGGCACUUAGAUGUGAUGUUUGUGAGGUGUCUGUAAAGUUUGCAUGUUAAUGAAAGUGAAGUUUAAUAGUUUUAGAAAGUGAUUUGCAUGAAAAAGUUAAAAGAGUUUUAUAAAAAUUUUGCCCUCUUUUAUAAUGAUUGUUGUUCAUUAAAUGGACUUUACAUUUAUUAAAAGUUUCUUUAGUCUGAGUAGUAGUUAAAUAAACAUUAAGAUGAGAUUAAAUGCAAAGGUUCAGUUUAAUAUUUGAUCGUAACUGCUUCAGACAUCUGUUGAGAUUGUAAACCGACUCAAUCCUUUCCCACUUCCUAUCAAAGUGUGAUGUAAUUCUAACAGUUUGGAGACAGUGACCACAGCACCUUGCUUUUGUUUGUUAAGUUCAGAGUUCCAUUUUAGGACUGUCAUUGAUAAAUAAACCUGUGGUUCCCAUGAUCUUCUGAAGUACAAACACAUACUUCAGAAACAGAUGCCACAGAUAAGCAGACUCUCGGUAAAGUAUACACAGCAUCUUGGUUUGUUGAUUCAGAAGGAAAACGUGUUUGCUCUUACAAACAGCAUGCUGGUGCUCUGCUCAAACACACACAUACAACUCCUUUGGUAAGUUCAAGUCUGUUCUGUAGGUAACAUGUUUUACAAGAUGCACUUAAGAUUGUGUUUGUAUCAUGUAUCUCUAAGAAUGGUGAGUUCUGUUACUUAAA